CUUAUAAGGCCAAAAAAUCGCUUCUUUGAGAGAAGGGGAAAAAAUCUCAUCGGAAUCCAAAAAGGGCGAAAAGUCUACGCGAAUCGGAUCGUUGAUUGUGAUAAAUCGAUCUUCGUGAUCGGAAUCUGAUUUGAAGGCAGAUGAGCAGGCUCAUCAAUCAGUUGAUCGGGAGGUUAACGAAGGAGCAGACGAUCAAGUGCGGCGGCGGCGGUAGCGAUACGACUUUGAGAUCUUCGACGUCAUCGUCUCCGUCGUGCUCCGUGGCUUCUUCAUCAGUGCGGAUGAUCUCCGGCGGUCUGGAAUCGAGCGGCUUCGGUGCGGCGGCGAGCGGGAGGCUGAAGCAAGCGGAGGAGUCUCUCCGUACAGUUAUGUAUCUAAGCUGUUGGGGAACAAGUUAGAUCUGGGAAGAACACCAUAAUUGCUUGUUAUUUAUUGUUUGAAUUCUGGGAUUUUCUUGUGAAUAUUUUUUUCUCCUGUGUAUACUGUGAAGAACUUGUGAAAAGAAGGGAAGAAAAAAAAUAAAAAAAGAGUAGUUGUAAAUAAGACUGGUUUUGUGUACAAAACGACUCUUUAGAUGUUUCAUCUUCAAAGUUUGGUUUGA